CCUCUAGAUGUCAUCAUGUCAGGUUCAAAGGGCGCUGCUGAAACCCCCCACAAGAAAGCUCGGACGUCUCCGUACCCUGGUUCUAAGGUGCAGCGAAGCCAGGUCCCCACCGAGAAGGUGAGCUGGCAGGUGGAGUGGGCAGAAUACAACCCCGGGGAGUACACCGCCAGCUCUGUCUUAGCCGGACCUGUGUGGGCAGAUCCCCAGGUGGGUGAAAGAAACUUCUCUCCUAAAUUUAAUGAAAAGGAUGGGAAUGUGGAGAGAAGGAGCCAGUUCGGUUUAUAUGAGGUUGAGAACGGGAGAACCAGGAAUCCCAUGGGUCGGACUGGGCUGGCUGGCCGAGGGCUUUUGGGUCGCUGGGGCCCCAAUCAUGCUGCGGAUCCCAUUUUAACCAGGUGGAAGCGGGACAGCCAGGGAAGUAAAGUUAUCCACCCUGUUUCUGGGAAAGGCAUCCUGCAGUUUGCAGCCAUCAAAAGGAAGGACUGCGGAGAAUGGGCAAUCCCAGGGGGCAUGGUGGACCCGGGAGAGAAAAUUAGUACCACAUUGAAGAGAGAAUUUGGUGAGGAAGCCAUGAACUCCUUACAGAAAUCCAGGGCAGAAAUGCAGGAGUUGGAGAAACAGCUGAACAAACUAUUCAGCCAGGAGCAUUUUGUGGUUUAUAAAGGCUAUGUGGAUGAUCCUCGGAACACCGACAACGCCUGGAUGGAGACAGAGGCUGUCAACUACCACGAUGAAACAGGUGAAAUGAUAGACCAGCUCCCUCUGGAAGCGGGUGAUGACGCCAAGAAAGUGAAGUGGGUGGACAUGAACGAUAGACUUAAGCUUUAUGCCAGCCACUCCCAAUUUAUUCAACUUGUGGCGGAGAAACGAGGUGCCCACUGGAGUGAGGACCUGUAUCCUGACAGCCACAGAUAG